AUCCAGUACCCGUCAAGUCCCUGCUACAGUUCCACUCUGAAUCCGGCUCCCGAAAUGCUUCCCGGCGGCAAGUCUACCAAAACCUCCCGUUUUGAACCCAUAGAAAACCCAAGAAAAAUCUCCCUCAACUCCACUGCUUCCUCAUCAACUCCCCUCCCUUCUUCGCCAUCAAAAUCCAUCCAAGAAAAGCAAAACGAUGACAUCCCACUUGACACCUCUUUCUCAUCCUCCCCAUCAGCAUCGGCAACCAUCAUAGCCAGGAAUGAAGAUCUCUUGACUCAAAUUUUACUCAAAUUACCGCCAAAAUCCCUCCUCCGCUUCCAAUGCGUCUCCAAGCAAUGGCUCUCGCUUAUUUCCGACCCCGUCUUCCGCCGCCGGCAUUCGAGUAGGAUCAGGCGCUACCCGACCACUGAUUUCCUCUUUUUCAGUUCUGAUAGCUACCGGAACGAGAUUGAUCUGCUGUCAUUUUCCGGAGAUUGGGUGGAUUCAGUGGGAAAUGUAAGUUCUCCUUUACGGUACUUGGGAAGCGAUUGUUGUACUCUAUGCUUUGAUAUCGAAAAUGAAUGCCUACAACCAUCCACGCCUCGAAUUCCAACUAAUUUGGAGGUUGUGGGCAGAUGGGAUAUUAGGUAUUUUGGGGAAACAGGGGGGAAUUUGUAUGUAAUUUGUCUAAACAAGCCUAAAGCUAUGCUGUUCGAUGUUUUUGCACUGAAGAGGGACUACUCUCAAUGGGUUGUGAAGUAUCGUGUUGAUUUUGCUCCCUUGAUUACUUGUUAUCCUGAGAUGAAGAAUCGUGGUUUCCAUACGCCCUGUUUUGUUGUGGAUAAGGAGGGAAAGAAAGCAAGGAUUGUGAUUUUGGUAGAGGAUAAGUUCAUUUAUUACGAUAUUCAUGGUAUGUUUGUGAAGGAGCUUGUUGAAGUAGUGCCUGUGUAUGCUGAGGUUGGUGGCUGGGGCGAUAGCACGUGGUACAGAUGGUGUGAAGCUUACCAACAUGUUGAUACACUUGCUUCGGUUUAAGGUCUGCAGAUUGUUUGCGCUAGUGUCAAGUGUUUUUGAUUCUGAUGAUCGACCUCCAUAGGUAUCGAAACUCUGUCAAGUGUUUUUGAUUCUGAUGAUCGACCUCCAUUCGUAUCGAAACUCUGUCAAGCGUUGUUUAUUCUGAUGAUCGACCUCCAUAGGUAUCGAAACUAAGUAGUAAGUGGUAAUGGCUUAGUUUUUUGGACCCAUGUAAAAAUGGUGCUAAAAGUCCAUAGCAUGUAUGGUUUAGCUAUUUUGGACUCAUGUGAUUAUCUUUAUGUUUUUUAGUAGAAUCAUCUAAGAAAACCAUGCUGUAUAUGAUGUUCAGGUUUUAUAGUAGCUUACUUCCACAUUUUGAAGCUGUGUUUUCAUUCUGUUUUCUGGUGGUUCUGGAUUCUGGAAAUUAUCAUAAAUAGGUGCUUCAAGUUGUAUAUGGGAUUCUAGGCAGGGAACGCCUUUGUUUGAUCAAUGGGAUGGUUGCUGUGAAUGUUUGUUUCUAGC